AAACAGUAAACAGAAAUGAAAACAAAACAAAAAACACAUUUCAAUUCAGUUGCGACUUGCGAGCAAAAAGUGCGAAUUUGUGAGAUGACGAUUAUGUUGCACUGAUCUCCCUGCUUCAAUAUGCCAUUGCCAGCACUAGGCAUCCCACCACCAUUUCCGAAGCAGGCCUCUAAGAUCUGGUCAGAUCCGUGCCGUUCUGUUCCUCCCCCGUCCCUUAUUCUCUCUCUAACUCAAUCCUCCGGUUUCUCUGCUUCUUCCUACGCCAUUUACCCCUUAGCUGCCUCCGCCCAUUCUCCUCUUUCAUACACUGGUAAACAUCACAGCUCCUUCCGCCCCAACAAAAGGAAUUUCCAUUUCUUGGUUCUUAUUAUUAUUUCGCCAUCUAGGUCUCCUCGACUGCCCGUCACCGAUUCUUGGAUUUGACUUUACGUUUUUGCCUUUUUGUCGCAAUCCCUUUUUAUGGGCUUGGUGGAAAUGAGCAAGAUUAUGAACUAGGGUUUGUAAAGGCACCGCCUUUUGCCCCUUUAAUUGUAUGAAGAUUUGGUGCUGCUUGUGCUUCACUUUUGACGACGAAGUAGGACCUGAUACCAAAGGAUAUUGUGAAGCCAUGAGAGACGCCGCUCUUAAGAAUGACAGCCACUCCAGAGGUGUUGGCAUUGGGGCUAACGGCGAGGAUCCUGGGGAAGCUGCACCAACAUUCGACUAUGACAUGCUGGACACUCAUGAUCGGGACGGGACGAGGUUGUUUGAAGAGAUGAUUAGAGCAGCGGAGGGGGGUGAUGCGGCUGGCGAGUCGGUUAACGCGCCGCCUUCUGACGAUGGUGUCGCUAUUCCGGUUGCCUUGAGGAGGAGCACUCUUAGGUUUGCGCAGAGGCUUCGGGGUGAGACUAGUGGUACGGCCACAACAGUCGUCGCGGAGGUUUCUGGAAAUGUUGUGGAAGACUGUAACAGGGAUUGGCAUAGCAAGCGUGCCAAAGUUUACUCUGGUUCUCAUGAUUGCCAAUAUGUCACAGUGAUGUCUCCAGAUGCUGGCCAUUCUAAUUCUUCAGAACCCAUGGACUCCAACUUUACCCAGAGUCACGGUGUUCCAUCGGGGGAUGCGAUAGUUUAUCAUAAUUUCAUAUGGAAUAGCAGCAAUGAUGAAACUUCCUUUGGUUCCAAUGGUGGUGGAGAUGAGAGUGGCCCUUCUAAGUCAGACGAUCUUGAAAUUAGAAUGGAUCUUUCAGAUGAUCUUUUGUAUAUGGUCUUUUCUUUCUUGGGUCAUGUUGAUCUUUGUCGAGCUGCAAUGGUUUGUAAGCAGUGGAGAACAGCUAGCACACAUGAAGAUUUUUGGAGAUAUUUGAAUCUGGAGAAUCGCAAUGUAACAUUAGAACAAUUUGAGGAUAUGUGCCAUCGGUACCCAAAUGCAGUGGAGGUGAAUCUUCAUGGUGCUCCUGCUCUCCACUAUCUUGUCAUGAAAGCAGUUUCAUCAUUAAGAAACCUCGAGACUUUGACUUUGGGAAGAGGACAGCUGGGAGAUCCAUUUUUUCAUGCUCUGGCAGAAUGCAACUUGUUGAGGAGUUUGAAUGUGAAUGAUGCUACCCUGGGCAAUGGUAUGCAGGAGAUACCUAUAAACCAUGACAGAUUGCAACAUCUUCAGCUUAUCAAGUGUCGUGUCCUGAGGAUAUCCAUCAGGUGUCCAGAGCUUCAAACAUUGUCUCUGAAGCGCAGCAACAUGGGGCAAGCUGUACUGAGUUGUCCCCUUCUGCAUGCCCUUGAUAUUGGAUCAUGUCACAAGCUUUCAGAUGCGGCAAUCCGCUCAGCUGCAAUUUCAUGCCCACAACUGGAGUCCUUAGACAUGUCAAAUUGUUCUUGUGUCAGUGACGAGACAUUACGCGAGAUAGCCCAAACUUGUUCUAAUCUCCAUAUUCUUGAUGCUUCUUACUGUCCGAACGUAUCUCUAGAGUCUGUAAGGCUCCCACUGCUGACUGAACUCAGGCUUCAUAGUUGUGAGGGUAUCACUUCGGCUUCAAUGGCUGCAAUUUCUUAUAGUUACAUGCUGGAGGUCUUGGAGCUUAACAAUUGCAACUUACUGACUACUGUUUCAUUGGAUCUUCCUCGUUUGCAGAGGAUAAGCUUAGUACAUUGUCGCAAAUUUGUUGAUCUGAAUCUAAGAAGUGUGACUCUAUCUUCUAUUAUGGUGUCUAAUUGCCCAUCACUCCAUCGUAUCAGCAUAACUUCCAAUUCACUGAAAAAAUUAGCGUUGCUGAGGCAGGAAAACCUUACUACUUUGGCUUUACAAUGCCAAUGUCUCCAAGAGGUUGACCUCACUGAUUGUGAAUCAUUAACCAAUUCUAUUUGUGAGGUAUUUAGUGAUGGUGGGGGGUGUCCAAUGUUGAGAUCAUUGAUUCUUGAUAAUUGCGAGAGCUUGACGACAGUAAGAUUCUGCAGCACAUCUUUGCUCAGUCUUUCUCUAGUUGGUUGCCGCGCUAUCACUUCUCUUGAUCUGAUAUGCCCCUGUCUUGAGAAAGUAUGUUUAGAUGGUUGUGAUCAUCUGGAGAGAGCAUCCUUUUGUCCUGUUGCUCUUAGGUCUCUGAACUUGGGAAUAUGUCCCAAGUUAAGCACCCUGAGAAUCGAAGCCCCCUCCAUGGUGUCCUUGGAGUUGAAAGGCUGUGGUGUACUAUGUGAGGCAUCCAUCAAUUGCCCUCUUUUGACUUCCCUUGAUGCUUCAUUCUGCAGCCAACUUAAGGAUGACUGCUUGUCUGCAACUGCUGCAUCCUGCCCGUUGAUUGACUCAUUAAUCCUCAUGUCUUGCCCCUCUGUUGGCUCUGAUGGGCUUUACUCCUUGCGCUGCCUUCCCAAUUUGACUGUGCUGGACCUGUCCUACACCUUUUUGAUGAAUCUGUUGCCUGUUUUUCAGUCUUGUUUGCAGUUAAAGGUACUUAAAUUACAAGCUUGCAAAUAUCUGACUGACGAUUCCUUGGAACCACUCUACAAGGAAGGUGCUCUACCUAUGCUCCAAGAGCUGGAUUUGUCAUAUGGGACCCUUUGUCAGUCUGCAAUAGAGGAUCUUCUUGCCUGCUGUACUCACCUUACACAUUUAAGCUUGAAUGGAUGUGUGAAUAUGCAUGACCUAAAUUGGGGUUGUAGCAGUGGUCAAGUGACAGAGUUGCCAACUGUUAAUAGCCCACGUGCUUCUUUUUCACUUGAGGAUAACUAUGCAGCAAUCGAGCAGCCGAACCGGUUGUUGCAGAACCUCAAUUGUGUUGGUUGUCGUAAUAUUAGAAAAGCCCUUAUCCCACCAAUGGCGCGUUGCUCUCAUUUGUCGUCGUUUAACCUUUCUUUGUCUACCAAUUUGAAGGAAGUUGAUAUUGCGUGUUUGAACUUGGGUGUUCUGAAUUUAAGCAAUUGUUACGCUUUGGUGAUACUGAAACUCCAGUGUCCCCGAUUGACGAGUUUAUUUCUUCAGUCCUGCAACAUCAACGAAGAAGCUGUUGAAGCUGCUAUUUUUCAGUGUAAUAUGCUUGAGACUCUUGAUGUACGCUUUUGCCCAAAGAUAAUCUCAAUAAGCAUGUUCCGGUUGCGAGGAGCGUGCCCAAGUCUAAAGCGGGUAUUCAGCAGCCUACUGUCAACUUCUUGAUGUGAGCGAAUAAAUGAUUGUCCUCUAUAAAUUGUUGCAGCAGCACAUUGCUACUGGUGUGCGGGUGUCUGCACACACCCGAACAACUUGUAUAACAAUUUCUCUAUGGAUUUCAUCUGGUUGUACAUAUGUGUUCUCCUCUGCAAUGCUGGUGGUAUUGUACUUACCCUGCUUGUAUUUGUAGUCCUAGGUCUUGGCCCCUGUAAUAGUAAUACAAAUAAAGUGUGCCUUGUGUCUUAAUCAUGGGUUCCUCGUUUCCAUGUCUUAUUUUUCUUAUCACCGACGGCUGCUGUCGAAAAGGGGGGCUUCUUUGUUGGUUCUCCUUAUACACGCGACGAUGACUGUUAUUACCUGUAAUACUAAUAUGCAUGUUCUUAAAUCUUUACAUCUUCAAUGUUCAGACCAUAUUGAGAUAAGUGUUAGCGAACUAACUAUUUGAUCCUAAUAACUCGAGUUCUUGGGAAUUAAGCCUUUUAAUCUCUUAAAUAAAGGAUUUGACAUUUUCUAUUUAUUUCAUCG